AUGGGAAAAGAGACGAACGGUGACGACUUUGCUGAAAAUGAAGACGGCUUUGGGGCUGGCCGGUGUGUUCGCUUGCUGGAGCCAACUCCACCCCCGGCAGGUGGGUUGGAAGAUUUACCGGUCGGCGGUGACUCUACACAGAACCACGAGGACGAGCCGCGGCUGCUGCAACAGGAGCAGGAACAGCAGCAGGCAGGCAGCGAGGGUCGUGGUACUCCCAUAGUCCCGGGUGAGUUCACAGGGCGGAGGCGGCUGAGUUUGCGGCCAGCGUCAGCGACGACAACGACGACGACGAGCGGGGGGGCCGCGAGUGGUACCGGUGGGGUGCGACGGACUCUCUCUCUCUUGCGGCGUAAUCCUGCGCCGGCUUCUGCAGAAGCUCAGCACCAGCUGCAGCAGGAAGAGCCUACGUUGGGCAUGAACGAAAAAGGGUCCGGCGCCCAGACGGACCCUGCAUCGCCAGCAGAGCUUCCUCGCACUUCGGGCGCCACGACGGGAGUCGAAGACCAGCGGAGUGACGAGAAGGAGCAACGAAAGCAGCGCCCUUUGGCACCCUUAGUAGCAGCCCCAAUCGGUGCGGUUGGGGAGGAAUCUUCGUUGGCGCCGGCGCGGCGCCAGCGCAACUCCACCGAGUGGGGCGAGCUGAUGUCGCCAACGCCGACACCACACAGUAUGUACAGCUGUGGCUGCACGCCGAGUGUGCGCCGACACAGCAAGACGAAUGUGCCGUUGCCCUCCGGCCCCACGCCGCUUGACUUCAGCUCGGUGACGGAAUAUGUCGAGACGAAGUAUGAGGUGGGGGAAAAAAUCAGCGAGGGUACCUACGGUGAGGUGUACAUUGGGCGCUGUCGUGCGACAGGAGAGGCAGUGGCGUUAAAACGGCUCAAAGUGCUUCAGGGGCUCGACGGUUUUCCCAUCACGUCACUACGAGAGGUAAUUGCGCUACAGCAUAUUAAUAAAGCCCGGGAGCGCAUCACCGCCGGUGCCCCUGCUGCUGUACAGAGUGGCAGCGGCAAGACGAUGGACCCUAUUGAGGAAGUCAUUGGACUCCGCGACGUGCUGCUGUCACGUAGCCACCAUGACAUCUACCUUGUGUUCCCGUACGUGUCGUGCAGCGUCGCCGGGUUGUUGCAGCGCCGCUUUCCCUUCACAGAACGAGAAAUCGCAUACGUGUUCAAAAAGCUUCUCACAGCGUUAAAGAAGCUCCACACGAUGGGCAUCAUUCACCGCGACGUCAAGGCGGACAAUGUUUUAAUCCGAAAUGACGGUCAGGUGCAGCUCUGUGACUUUGGGUUGUGCGUGUUUGAGGGGUCGGGGCGGCGUGCGCUGACGCCGAGCCUCAUCAACUUGUCCUACCGGCCCCCCGAGAUGCUGCUGGGCAUCACCUCGUACGACGUGAAGGUUGAUAUCUGGUCCAUCGGUUGCUUCCUCGCGCAGAUGUAUUUACGCGUCCCGCCAUUCUUCCUCGCCAAUCGGCAGGCUGCUGCUGCUGCGGCCAGCAAGGCGGACCCGCGCCACCACCGCCGCGCGGAGACGGAGCUGGAGCAGCUGUCGCUUAUCACGGAGGUGCUGGGGCCGCUGUCGACCGUCGACCCCGACGCGUUCCCGGCAGACCGCUGCCAGCACCACGCGCAGCUGCAGCAAUUGCGCGGGGUACUCAGCUCCACCGCCGCCUCCUCCCGCUCCUCCUUUAAGCCUUCGCUCGGAUCCCUCUUUCAGCCGAGUUUCCUCUACACGGAGUUCAAGGGCUUCCCAGCGUGGUUCGUCGCGACGGUGCGGCACCGCCGGUACGACACGCCGCAGUUACUGCCGUCGCAGGAGUGCGUCGAUGUGCUGAACGCCAUAUUUCAGCUCGACCCACGCAAGCGGCCGACGGCGGCGGAGCUGUUGGAGAUGCCGUUCUUCGACCUGCACCGCACUGCGCCGCGACGCCCCGCCCCACGCGGUGACGCCGGCACGCCGCGGCCUUCGGAGGACGAACUCAUCGAGGCGCACAUCCGGCGCGAGAUCGCAGCGAAGAUGCAGCGCUACCACGACAGCCACAUCGCCCCAGCCGCGGCACGCGAUAACAAGUAA